AUGCUCAGCAGGCUCCAGGGCCAACCCGAGAGCUACGAUAAGAAGGCUAAAUAUCGCUUCGGUCGCACUCUCGGAGCUGGAACUUACGGUAUCGUCCGUGAGGCUGACGGUCCUACUGGCAAGUGCGCCGUCAAGAUUAUUCUCAAGAAGAAUGUGAAGGGCAACGAGAGAAUGGUCUACGACGAGCUGGACAUGCUCCAGCGUCUGAAGCACCCUCACAUUGUCAAGUUCGUUGACUGGUUUGAGUCGCGUGACAAGUACUACAUCGUCACUGAACUAGCUACUGGCGGAGAGCUGUUCGAUCGUAUUUGCGAGCAGGGCAAGUUCACGGAAAAGGAUGCUUCGCAAACCAUCAAGCAGGUCCUCGAAGCCGUCAACUACUUGCACCAGAACAACGUCGUACACAGAGGCAAGUUUUGCCAUUAUAACUUGGGUGCCCAUUUCAUUCUAACUAGUAGAUCAGACUUGAAGCCCGAGAACCUCCUGUACCUUACCAGAGAUAUGGAGUCUGAUCUCGUCUUGGCCGAUUUCGGUAUCGCCAAGAUGCUCGACCGCAAAGACGAAGUCCUCACAACAAUGGCCGGUUCCUUCGGCUACGCAGCCCCUGAGGUCAUGUUGAAGAAGGGCCAUGGUAAGCCGGUAGACAUGUGGUCCAUGGGUGUCAUCACAUACACUCUGCUUUGCGGUUACUCUCCUUUCCGCUCGGAGAACCUCCAGGAUCUUAUCGAUGAGUGCAGUAAUGCUCAGGUCGUCUUCCACGAGCGUUACUGGAAGGAUGUCAGCGAUGAUGCAAAGGACUUCAUUUUGCAUCUUCUGCAACCAGAGCCCGUCAAGCGCUGGUCGAGUGAAGAAGCUCUCCACCACCCGUGGCUCAGUGGAGAGAAUGCCACCGACCACAACUUGCUGCCCGAGAUCAAGGCCUACAUGGCCAAAGCCCGUCUUCGCCGCGGUAUCGAGAUGGUCAAGCUUGCCAACAGAAUCGAGACGCUCAAGGCACAAGAAGAGGACACAGAGGACUCGGACUUCCCAGCCGACGCUAUCAGCGCCGCAGACCAGUCCAAGCACGUUGGCGCACACGAAGUUGCCACUGGCGAGAAGCGCAGCCUUUCCAAGACGAUCAAGGGCGCCAUCUUCCGUGAGGUCGUCCUUGCCAAGGUCCGCGAGAUGAAGCAGCAGCAGGACACACUCAAGGUGAAGGAGGAUGCGGAGAAGGAGCACAGAAGACGCAGCUUUCAGGGAUGA